GGUAGCCACAUAGAAUUUUGUUAUCAUCAUAUUCAUAUAUAUAAUAGAUAAAUAAAAAAAAUAAAUAAAAAAAAAAUGGCUUCAGCAUCUUUCCUCAAGUCAUCGCCAAUUCUUGACAAGUCGGAGUUUGUCAAGGGGCAGCAGCCCCUCCUCCGCCCCUCCGCGGUGGUUCCCGCCCGCUGCAACCCCAUCUCCUCCUUCACCGUCCGUGCCACCUCAUACGCCGAUGAACUCGUCAAGACUGCAAAAACGAUCGCGUCUCCCGGGCGCGGAAUUUUAGCAAUGGACGAAUCGAACGCGACAUGCGGUAAGCGUCUAGCUUCGAUCGGGCUCGAAAACACAGAGGCCAACCGCCAGGCGUUCCGGACCCUACUUGUGUCCGCUCCGGGGCUCGGCAAUUACAUCUCGGGUGCCAUCCUCUUUGAGGAAACUCUCUACCAAUCCACCGUCGACGGAAAAAAAAUUGUCGACGUUUUGGCCGAGCAAGGGAUUGUUCCCGGCAUUAAAACCGACAAGGGUCUUGUUCCAUUGGCUGGAUCGAACGACGAAUCUUGGUGCCAAGGUCUCGACGGAUUGGCUUCUCGUUCCGCUGCUUACUACCAACAGGGUGCUCGCUUCGCCAAAUGGCGUACGGUAGUGAGCAUUCCGAACGGUCCAUCGGCACUCGCUGUGAAGGAAGCUGCAUGGGGUCUUGCUAGAUAUGCUGCUAUUUCCCAAGACAAUGGAUUGGUUCCGAUAGUGGAGCCGGAGAUACUAUUGGACGGUGAACACGGGAUUGACACGACAUUCGAAGUAGCACAAAGGGUGUGGGCGGAGGUAUUUUUUAACCUAGCCGAAAACAACGUGUUGUUCGAAGGGAUACUGUUGAAACCGAGUAUGGUUACACCCGGAGCCGAGUGUAAAGAGAGGGCAACACCUCUACAAGUAGCUGAUUACACUCUCAAACUCCUUAAAAGAAGAGUCCCUUCUGCUGUUCCUGGAAUCAUGUUUUUGUCCGGAGGGCAAUCGGAAGUGGAAGCAACCCUAAACUUGAAUGCAAUGAACCAAAGCCCGAACCCGUGGCACGUGUCGUUCUCGUACGCGCGGGCCCUACAGAACACUUGCCUCAAGACGUGGGGCGGAAGGCCGGAGAAUGUGAAGGCGGCACAGGACGCUCUGCUCCUGAGAGCGAGCGCCAACUCGCUCGCGCAGCUCGGCAAAUACACCGGCGAGGGAGAGUCCGAGGAAGCCAAGAAAGGAAUGUUUGUUAAGGGCUACAGUUACUAAUUAAUAAAAUUAAUUAUGUUUGUGUUUAUUGAAAUUGGUACAAUUGUUGUUGGUUUUUAUUAUUGUAGUAGCUUAUGAUGAUGUGUAAUGAAGAUGAAAUUAAGGAGCUGCUUCUAUAUGCUUAUUAUAGAGCUUGUAGAAUAUUUUUAUUUAAUAUUUUACUUCAUUGUAUUUUUUGUUUUGAUUUAUAUCAAGGUAUAUUCUUGUCUCA